AGGACAUACGAAUAAUUAGAUUUCGAAAUGCUGUCCUUAAAACUGCUUUUGUUCAACAGCAUAUUGGCCACUGUUAUAACUUUGGCUUAUACUGAAGAAUGUAGCGGGCUUAGGAAUGAUUUUGAACGCUUAAAAGAAGAAUUGUCUCAAAGAAUUGUUGAUUUGGAGAACAAAUUAGAGGCAGAGAAACGGAAAAGAUAUCUUGUAGAUGAAGAAUUAGAUAUUGAAAAGGAAGUUACAAAGCUUAUCGGAGAUGUUAAUGGUAUCAAACAAGGCAUGGGCAGUACAUAUAUAAGAUGGGGUCGAACAGAGUGUGGAGGAAAUGCAAGCAAGAUUUAUAAAGGAUACACAGGUGGGAAAUGGUACGCAGAUACAGGAGGUCCUGCUAAUUAUGUACGUAUGCCAGAAGAUCCUCAAUGGGCAAAAUACAUGGACGGCUUUCAAGAUAUUGGAAACCGGAUGUAUGGUACAGAAUAUGAGGAUAAUUCCGAAUCCACUUUCAAUCCAUUCAGUGUCCAUAGAGAUGACGAAGAUGCCCCCUGUGUCGUCUGCAGGUCCCAAAGGGCGACAACUGUUAUGAUACCUGCCAGAACUAACUGUUACACCGGUUGGCAUCUGGAGUACACAGGAUACCUAAUGGCUAUGAGCAGACACUAUCAAUCAUCCAGCGAGUAUAUCUGCGUUGAUAAAGACCCAGAGGUUAUUGAUCAUGGCAGUCAGAGUGAAGAUGGCAACUUGCUGUACAUUGUCGAGGCAGCAUGUGGCUCUCUUCCUUGUGGCCCGUAUGUGAAUGGAAGAGAAUUGACUUGUGCUGUAUGCAGCAAAUAAAAUGUGUAGUAUCAAAAUUACA